UUCAACGUAAACAAUGUAGCUAAACAACAAUAAACAAGAAUUUUUGCAAAAAUCAUCGAUUUAAAGGGAUAUUUUAAAAAAAUUCGGAAAGUAAUGAAAACACGUUCACAAGCCAAAGUCGACAAAGAGCUUGGUAUAAAACAACAUCGGAUACAAAAAUUAAGACAAACAACAGAAAAGAAUCCAAAAAACAGGGAUAAUUAUAAACGAAUUCCAGUGACACAAUUUCCGAAAAUUGAAUUAAAACACCACACAAUAAAAAUGACAGAGCAUUUGAAACAAGUAGAAAAACUGUGUCUCGACGGAAACAUAGCUGAACAUUGGAAACGAUUUAAAAGGAAUUUCGAUAUUUACAUGGUAGCAUCGGGAAUAAAUACAAAGCCAAAUCUGAUAAAAGUAAAUACAUUUUUAAAUGCAAUUGGAUCGGAUGCAGUCGAGGUAUUUGACACAUUCACAUUGACAGAGGAACAAAAGGGCGAGUACAACGAGGUCAUUAAAGCAUUCACCGAAUUUUGCACACCGAAGAAAAAUCAGAUUUACGAACGAUUUAUGUUUUAUCAACGAAAACAAAAAGAAAAUGAGCCAUUUGAUGCAUUUUUAAUGGAUAUCAAACGCUUGGUGAAAACAUGUGAAUUUGGUGAUAAGGAAAAUGAAAUGCUGAGAGAUCAAAUCGUAAUGGGCAUCGAUGACAAAAAACAGCAACAACGAUUAUUAGAAAAGGCUGACUUGAAUUACGACACCGCUGUGGAAAAAUGUAGAGCAAACGAAGCAACGAAAGAACAAUCAUCGACAAUGAACAAAAGUCAUGACAUCCAUGAAGUCCGUAGUGGUCACUUUAACAGCCGCUAUUCGCACGAGCAACCGAAAAAAUACAGCAACAACAACGGGCGAAAAGUAGACAAACGAGACAUGCGGUUGAAUGGAGCACGCACACAAUCACAACAACAACACCGAAACAGCAAUACAAAGUCACACCGACAGAAUGGCGACAGCAUUAGCAUGAUCGAAAACUGUAGUAAGUGUGCUUUAACACACAAACGGAGAGAGUGUCCGGCGUACGGUAAAAUUUGUAAUUCUUGUAAACGUGGUAACCAUUUCGCCAGAUGUUGCAAAUCUAAAAAAGUAGAUUCUUUCGUAGUAAAUGAUAACUCUAAUUAUGAUUUUGAUGAUAACGAAGAAUUUUAUAUAGGAACAGUAGAGCAAGUAAGCAAAAUAACAGAAUCAAAUGUAUAUCCGUGGUUGGAAAAAAUUAACAUUAAGGGAAAACUAAUAUCAUUCAAAGUUGACACUGGCGCUGAAAUUGAUGUCUUGCCGCUGAGCAUAUUCAAGCGAUUAAUUGGUAACGUGAAUUUGAUCAAAACGGGAAUAAUACUAAAAGCAUUUGGAGGCCAAAAAAUCAACCCAAUGGGUAUGUGUUUAAUCGAUUGCAAAUAUCAUAACAAAACAUUGAAACGACGUAUCGCGGUUGUUGACAUUGAAAUGACACCGAUUUUGGGAUUGAAGUCAUGUAUUGAGUUUGGAAUUGUCUCGAAAAGUAAAGAAAAACAUUUAUGACUAGAAUCGAUUGAGAAUGAAAUAAA